UCUGGUGCACGUGGAGCCGCGCGGUGAGGGCCGGGGCCUGAAGGCGGGCGGCGGCGGAGGCGCCCUCUUCCAGCCGCGGGGCCUGGGCCUGCGCCGCUUCCUCCGGUAGUUGUCGGGCGUGCGCGCGAGAUGGACACUCCCCUGCCCUCGGGCUCCGACUCGGAUUCUGAAGAAUCUCUCGUCACUGACCGAGAGUUGCAGGAUGCGUUUUCGCGAGGGCUCCUGAAGCCAGGCCUCAAUGUCGUGCUAGAGGGUCCGAAAAAAGCCGUGAACGACGUGAAUGGCCUGAAGCACUGUUUGGCAGAAUUCAAGCGGGAUCUGGAAUGGGUUGAAAGGCUUGAUAUCACCCUCGGUCCAGUGCCAGAAAUCAAUGGAACUCAGUCAACACCUCAGAACGAGGAUCAGAAAGCUGUUGAUCCAGAAGAUGACUUCCAGCGGGAGAUGAGCUUCUACCGUCAGGCCCAGGCUGCAGUGCUUGCAGUGUUACCUCGUCUCCAUCAGCUCAAAGUCCCUACUAAGCGGCCCACUGAUUAUUUUGCUGAGAUGGCCAAGUCUGAUCAGCAGAUGCAGAAGAUUCGACAAAAGCUGCAGGCUAAACAGGCUGCCAUGGAGAAGUCGGAAAAGGCUAAGCAACUUCGAGCACUUAGGAAAUACGGAAAGAAGGUGCAAACAGAGGUCCUUCAGAAGAGGCAGCGGGAGAAAGCACACAUGAUGAGUGCCAUUAAGAAGUAUCAGAAAGGCUUCUCAGAUAAACUGGAUUUUCUUGACGGAGAUCAGAAACCUGUGGCACGGAGCUCAAAGGAAGGAGCUAAAGGCCAGCAGAUGAAGAAGGGUCCCAAUGCCAAACGACGUUAUAAAAACCAGAAGUUUGGCUUUGGUGGUAAGAAGAAAGGCUCCAAGUGGAACACUCGUGAGAGCUACGAUGAUGUAUCCAGCUUCCGGGCCAAGACAGCUCAUGGCAAGGGCCUCAAGAGGCCUGGAAAGAAAGGAUCAAAUAAGAGACCUGGAAAACGGACAAGAGAGAAAAUGAAGAGCAGAACACGCUAAGCAGCAUCUCCAAGAAAAAGUUGAAGACUUGGGAUUUCACAAUGCAAUUGAUCCCUUAUGUUGGUUUCUUUUUGUAAAAUAUUUUUUCAAUAAACUAAGAAAUUCUCAAAGAAACAUACACCCUUGGGCAAAAAACUCAAUUAAGACUAAAAGAUUUAGAAGUUACUUUUACAUAUUAAAUAAUACUUCUAUACAGUGAUAAUUUAGACUUUGAAUCCAAAUUGUCUUCCUUUCAUGAGAGAUGACUUAAUGCCCCCCCAUUCUUCCCUAUCCUCCUAAAUAGUUAUAUCAUUUUAGAUAUAUCAAUAAUCAGUGUUUAUAUUAUGAAUAUCCUUUAAAUAACAAUCACUGGAGUGCUAGUUGAACUA